UCUCUCUCUCUUUGUGCUGGUCUCUCUGUAGAUGCAGCUGUGGGAGCGGUCAGUGUGGCCGUUGCAGGUCGCACUCUUCGUCACCUUGGUAAUGUGCUCGUGCCGGUCGGCUUCUGCGGGGACACGGAGUCUGCGGGGACACACAGCUUCGUACCAGGUGAAGCAGGGAACCUGUGAGGUGGUGGCCAUCCACCGGUGCUGUAAUAAGAACAAGAUUGAGGAACGUUCACAGACUGUCAAGUGCUCCUGUUUCCCAGGUCAGGUGGCCGGCACGACGCGGGCACAGCCGUCUUGUGUGGAGGCUUCCAUCGUGCUGCAGAAGUGGUGGUGCCAAAUGCACCCAUGUAUGGACGGCGAGGAGUGUAAAGUUCUUCCAGACCUGACUGGUUGGUCCUGCAGCACUGGUAACAAAGUCAAAACCACCAAGGUCACACGAUAGCAAGAACAUGGCUGCCUUACCAAGAGGCCCAAGAUGCCUCAACAACCCCUAAAGGAGACCAUCUUGUUUAAGACACUGACAUUAAGGAUGAUUCCGUACAAGCGAAAGAUAGACAAACUUAUUGUAGACUAUAGAUGGCUGCCUUGUUUUGACAGAAGAUAAUAAGGAU